AUGUGAAGCGAGAGAAGAACACAGGAGACUUGCCUUUCAACGUCAUAUUAAAUUGAUAUAUUUUAGAGGACAGCGGCCAGACUAAUGCGAAAUGUCGAUGAGGCUGAACGACGACGCCAUGCGGCAGUUUCGGGUUGCCGGUGUGUUUCAGGACUCUGAGCACACCAAGCUCAACCUGGACUUUUCAUCGGACGGCAGGCGCCUGCUCGUGUGCGACCACUCCGCCCUCACUAUUAUCAACACCACUCGCCAGGUAGUGCUCAGCCAGGUGCACAUGCACCGCUAUCAUCCUGACGUCGCCUGUUUCACGCAGCGGGAGGCCCGUGUCCUGCACUCUACCUCGAAGAAUGACCUUGCCAUUUGCUGCUUGGACCUGAAAACCCGUGGAACUGUUCGCAAAUUCCGAGGCCACACAAAAAAUGUUCGAUUCCUGGCCACCCAACCCGAACACGCAAAUAUGUUCGUAAGCUCUGGGGAAGAUGACCAGGUGUAUGUGUGGGACCUGCGAUCCUCGAAGCACAUUUUCCGCUUGAACAAACUGCAGCGGCCGCUGUGUUCCUUUGACCCAACGGGCUCCUUACUGGCCUCUACGGACUCCAACCGGAUCUAUAUCUAUGAUGUGAGGAUGUUGGGUGAGGUGCCAUGCUCGACCUACUGUUACACUGCCAAGGAUGAGGCUGUAUGGACUCAGCUUCAAUUUGCUCCUGAUGGAAAGACACUCCUUAUCUCUACGGAUAACUCCUGGUGCUUCAGUGUGAGUGCCUUCGAUGGAUCCUUUCAGCAGUCCUUCACAGGAUACUCUAACGAACAGCGACUGCCGCUAGAGGCGACCUAUUCGCCGGACUCUCAGUUCGUCCUUUCGGGUGCGGAUGGCGGCAGAAUCCACGUUUGGCGGGCUGUCGAUGGCAGUCCCGUAGCCGUGCUAGAAGGAAACAACGUGGGCCCUGUGAAGUGCCUCAGAUUCAAUCCGCGAGCAACCAUGUUCGUGAGCAGCGACAUCCUUGUGGCCUUUUGGAUGCCUGUGGCCAAUGGGACCUAUGAUUGGGUGAAACCUUUGGAGCCAUCGCCAGGAGAAGCCAGCAAAACGAAAAAAAAGCAUGAGGCAGAGGACGGUGGCAAAUAUGAAUUAGCUACUACAAAAGAUGAGCACCCUUUUCCCAAAGCUAUAGCCUUGCCUGCACCAUUGAUGGACUGGGAGAGGCUUAGGCGAAAGUUUAGCUCCUGUAAUUGGCGUAAAGAUAAAAAACUUUGCAGGGAGAAGUCAGGGGCUAUUGUCAAAGAGGAAAAGGCUGAUACGGAUUUGGAGGAGGGCGAGAUACGGGAAGAAUAGAGGACUGUUUUUGUAACCCAUCCAAACUUGAAUUACUCACUUACGAGUAUCUGAGAACCCAUUUCGAUUAUUAUAAAGGCAAAAAUAAAUAUGCUUAAGCGUCGCCAAUCUUGGCUGGCUGGCUCUGGCUAGAAAGUUGGCAAACUCAUUCAUCCAUUUAC